AUGCUGCAUUCCAUUUGCUUAGCAUCUCCACUUCACAACAGUCACUUUCCCCCUCCAAAAUUCAACAAUGUCCAAACACCCACUUCACAAAUCCCAAACACUAACCUUAUCUACCAUUUCAACACUCCAUUAGAACUCAAACAAGCUAUUACCAUUCUCAUUAAAACCAAUAAACCUCUGACACUUCUCCCACUGCCACGUGUCGCUUCCAUAUGUGCCCUCACACCAAACUUCCCUUUUGCUCAACAAAUUUUCAACUAUAUAAACCAACCCCAAAUUCCUUUAUGGAACACUUGUUUAAGAAAUCUUGCUGAGGGUAAUAAUGUAAUUGAUGCAAUUUUCUUGUUUCAUCAAAUGAUUAGUUACAAUGUAGUACCUGAUAGUUUUACUUGUUCUUUUGUGCUUAAAGCUUGUGUGCAUUUACUAGAUAUUUAUAAUGGGAAAAUUGUUCAUGGAUAUGUAGAGAAACUUGGGUUUCAAUCAAAUUUAGUUUUAAUUAAUGCAUUGAUACAUUUGUAUGGUAGUUGUGGAGCAAUGGAUGAUGCCUUCCAACUGUUUGAUAAAAUGCCUCAAAGAGAUAUCGUGUCUUGGAAUAUAAUGAUUACGCAAUUAGCGAAAAAGGGUGAUGUUGAUGGGGCGUUUGAAUUGUUUUCGCGAAUGCAGGAGAGAAAUUUAAGGUCUUGGACUGCUAUGAUUACCGGUUUUGUUCAUUGUGGGAAGGCUAAAGAGGCUAUUAGGCUAUUUAUAGAAAUGGAAGAAAUGGGGUUGAGGGCGAAUGAGGUUACUGUAGUGGCUGUUCUUGCAGCUUGUGCUGAUUUGGGUGAACUUGAAUUGGGAAGGAGGAUUCACGAGUAUUCGAAUGAGAGUGGGUUUAGAAGAAACGUUCACGUUUGUAACACGUUAAUUGACAUGUACAUUAAGUGUGGAUGCUUAGAGGCUGCAAAAUAUGUUUUUGAAGAAAUGAAGGAACGAACAAUUAUAUCGUGGUCAGCCAUGAUACAGGGUUUAGCUAUGCAUGGACAGGCGGAUGAAGCAUUAGAACUCUUUAACGAGAUGAUCAAAAGUGGAAUGAGACCUAAUGAGGUGACGUUUCUUGGAAUCUUGCACGCUUGUAGCCAUAUGGGGUUGAUCAACGAGGGGCGAGAAUUUUUUGCUAGCAUGAGUAGAGACUAUAAAAUUUCACCCCAAAUCGAGCAUUAUGGUUGCAUGGUUGAUCUUUUAAGUCGUGCUGGACUUCUUCAAGACGCAUAUGAGCUCAUCACUAGCAUGCCUAUUAAGCCGAAUGCUGUCAUAUGGGGUUCUUUUCUUGGUGGAUGUAAAAUUCAAAAAAAUGUGGAAAUGGCUGAGGAAGCUAUGAGGCAGUUAGGUAUAUUAGACCCUUUUAACGACGGAUACUACAUUAUUAUGUCAAAUAUUUAUGCAGAAGCUAAGCGUUGGGAAGAUGCAGCAAGGGUGAGGAAGUUGAUGAAAGAUCGAGGAGUAAAGAAAACUCCAGGUUGGAGUACAAUAACUAUAGCAGGAGGAACACAUGAAUUUGUGGCCGGAGAUGAUAACCAUCCUCAGGCUGAAGAGAUCUUUAAAAGAUGGGACAAACUGUUAGAACAAAUGAGGUUAAAAGGAUAUGUACCGAAUACUUCAGUGGUUCUACUAGACAUGGAAGAGAGUGAGAAAGAAAAAUAUUUGUAUCGCCAUAGUGAGAAAUUGGCCCUUGUUUUCGGUUUGAUGAACACAAAAUCAGGAGAGACAAUCAGAAUAAUGAAGAAUCUUCGCGUUUGUGAAGACUGUCAUGCUGCUUUCAAAGUAAUAUCAGGAAUUGUCGAGCGAGAGAUAGUUGUGCGCGAUAGGAAUAGGUUUCAUUGUUUCAAAGAUGGCCUUUGUUCUUGUAAGGACUAUUGGUAGCAAAAUCUUGCACUUGGAGAGCUUUUGUUUACUGCAAUAUAUGCUUCUUGAUUCAAAUGAAAGCAAUAAAAUUUCCAAUACAAGGUCAAAA